CAAAGAAAACAUGAGUAAAUACUAAAAUACUAAAAAACUAAAAAAUGGCAACGCCCAAAUUAUAAACAUGAAAAUACAUACUUGUAACAAAAUAGCAACCGACGAUCAAAACGAUUUAUAACCAGAAAACUACUCGGAAAUCGGAGUCGAUUCCGAGAAAGAAGGAGACGAUGAUCGGAGCUGGGAAGAUCAAGCAGUACACAAAUGUGCUUGACAAGCCCCUUAGCAAGGGCAAACAAGAGGUCAGUUUGGGUGCGUUUGCUUACUUAUUUUCAGAACUUGUUCAGUACAAUCAAACACAAGUUGACAACAUUGGAGAACUAGAAAAGAGAUUGGAGGAUGCUGGCUAUGCUGUUGGGACACGAGUACUUGAACUACUUUGCAAUAGAGAAAAGGGUAAUAGAAGGGAGACACGGUUGUUGGGCAUUUUGUCUUUUAUACAUAGUACUGUAUGGAAGGUUUUAUUUGGAAAGGUAGCUGAUUCACUUGAAAAAGGCACUGAACACGAAGAUGAAUAUAUGAUUAGUGAAAAGGAGCUUCUUGUAAACAGAUUUAUUUCUGUUCCAAAGGACAUGGGAUCCUUCAAUUGUGGUGCUUUUGUUGCAGGGGUAGUAAGGGGAGUGUUGGAUAAUGCUGGCUUCCCGGCUGUUGUUACCGCUCAUUUUGUUCCUGUCGAUGGUCAACAACGCCCUCGGACCACCAUUUUAAUCAAAUUUGCUGAAGAGGUUCUAAGAAGAGAAGCAAGAUUAGGAUGAUUCUUGUGUUAUUCAUAUUGUAUUAUCUUUAAAAAGUAUAUUUACUACAAUUUGUUUUUUUUUAUUAUCUUAAAAAGUACUAGUAUAAUUUUUGUUUGUUUUCCAUUGAUUGAUUUGGAAUGAGGAAAAAAGGAUUCAAAGGGUAUAUUAGAGUUUCUUUUGUUGUUUUCAAGUAUUUAUUGGUGUUUGAAUAAGAAU